CAAUCCCCCACCCGUUUCCUCCAUAACUGCCCUACCUUUUCAUCCUGAUCUCCUCCUCGGGGAAAUGCACAUUCCGGCCAGUUAUCCUCCUCUCACCCAUUAGCCUUCGUCCACUGUCCCCUGAAAGUCCUGAGCUCAAAGCCAUCUUCUUCUGCUCUCGCUUACUCUACAAGUUAUUCCAUGCUUCUUCCAUGCCUGCGGGAAAGUACAGAUUUCUCGUUCCUGCCCAAGUCUCCGUGAAGUUUUCCUUCCCGCUUGGGUGAUGAGUUGCGAUUUCGGACGGGGGAAAUUUCGCUUGAUUCCUUGAUUUUGUUUAUGUAUUUUCUGCUGCUCACGGGAAUGGUAGAUGGUGACUGUAGUUUUCUUGUUUUAGUAGACGCCUCGAGUUUUCUGGAAAAGAAAAGAAUUUUGCCAACUCGAUUUACAGUAUGUGAAUUUGGGUUUCACUUGUAAUUGCGACGCACACUUUUUUUCCCCUGCAAAUUCAGAUUCAUUCUGAAAAUGGAGUAAAACUGCACAAAUUUUGCACUUCUCUCAGCCAUGCCUCCGACUAAGAUCCAACCCAUUGGUAUAGAUUCCCGAAAGCUCGGGGAAGCGGCGGUUAGAAACGAUUCGGCGAAGCCAGUGUUGAGGUCGCGGCUAAGAAGGCUCUUCGUCUUUGAUCGGCAGUCUCCGAGCGUGAUCAGGAAUUCCUCCCCGGAGAAACUCAACGUUCCCAGUGAACACCUGUCCAACAGAGAUGGAGUAUCGGAGUUCGAGCCGAGUUCGCUUUGCUUGGCGAAAAUGGUGCAGAAUUUCAUAGAGGAGACAAACGAGAAGCAACCACCGGCGGCUAAAUGCGGCCGUAAUCGCUGCAAUUGCUUCAACGGCAACAACAACGACAGCUCGGACGACGAGCUCGAUGUCUUUGGCGGUUUCAAUGAAUCAAUCACCUCUGCUUCGUUCAGCGAUGCCAGCGACGCGCUCAAGAGUCUGAUUCCUUGCGCAAGUGUUGCUGAGAGGAAUCUGUUAGCUGACGCUGCGAAGAUAGUUGAGAACAACAACAAAGUCUUCAGAACAAAAUAUGAUUUGAGAAAUAUCGUCGCAGAUGGGCUUUCAUCUCUGGGAUACGACUCUUCUGUCUGUAUAUCUAAGUGGGAUAAAACCUCAUCUUACCCAGCCGGGGAACAUGAAUUCAUUGAUGUGAUUUUAGAAGAAGAGAUAUUGUUAGUCGAUAUCGAUUUCCGAUCAGAAUUCGAAAUUGCACGAUCAACAGGGAGCUACAAGACCAUCCUUCAAUUGCUGCCGUACAUUUUCGUCGGGAAAUCGGAACGGCUUGAUCAGAUAGUAUCGAUCGUGUCGGAGGCGGCCAAGCAGAGUCUAAAGAAGAAAGGAAUGCACCUUCCGCCGUGGAGGAAGGCGGAGUAUAUGCGAGCCAAGUGGCU